UCAUGCGCCUGCCUUAUCGCAAUAAGAAGACCACCCUGUGGGUCAUGCUUGGAAUUGUUGUUGUCACAAUGUUUCUAUUUAAAUUUACGGAACUACGUCCAAUAUGUUUCUUCAAGGACGAAGCAGUACCUGCCUCAGCUCUAUCCGGACAAUCAGCAGCAGUGAUGCGUGGAGAUAUGAAAUAUGUUGAAAGCGAUAACCAAAAAGUCUACUCGUACAGUAGAGAAAUGCCAUUAAUUUUUAUUGGUGGUGUACCCAGAUCUGGCACCACACUUAUGAGAGCCAUGCUCGAUGCACAUCCAGACGUGAGAUGUGGCCAGGAAACUCGUGUGAUUCCUAGAAUACUACAACUCCGCUCGCAUUGGCUUAAGUCAGAGAAGGAGUCGUUGCGACUGGUAGAAGCAGGCAUAACCAAAGAAGUCAUGAACAGUGCCAUUGCUCAAUUCUGCUUAGAGAUCAUAGCAAAGCAUGGCGAUCCCGCACCACGGCUUUGUAACAAAGACCCAUUGACCCUAAAAAUGGGCACCUAUGUGAUAGAGCUCUUUCCCAAUGCCAAAUUCCUGUUUAUGGUACGGGAUGGGCGAGCCACAGUUCAUUCGAUAAUUUCACGCAAGGUGACAAUCACUGGUUUUGACUUAACCAGCUAUCGGCAGUGUAUGCAGAAAUGGAACCAUGCCAUCGAGGUCAUGCAUGACCAAUGUCGAGAAAUUGGCAGGGAACGUUGUAUGAUGGUUUACUAUGAGCAACUGGUAUUACAUCCUGAAGAAUGGAUGCGUAAAAUAUUAGAGUUUCUUGAUGUCCCUUGGAAUGAUUCUGUUCUACAUCAUGAGGAGUUCAUUAAUAAACCGAAUGGAGUUCCGCUCUCAAAAGUGGAACGUUCAUCGGACCAGGUGAUUAAACCUGUAAACUUAGAAGCUCUGUCUAAGUGGGUGGGCAAUAUACCCGAAGAUGUGGUGCGCGAUAUGGCCGACAUUGCGCCCAUGCUGUCGGUGCUGGGCUAUGAUCCCUUUGCCAAUCCGCCGGAUUACGGUAAGCCAGACGCCUGGGUGGAAGACAAUACAUCGAAGCUAAAAGCCAAUCGAAGGCUAUGGGAAAAUAAAGCAAAGGAAGUGUUGAAAAUGUCACCCCAUCAGCUGCAGAAUGCCAAUGCCGAAGAGGAAGAGGAUAAUAUCAAUGAGACAUUCGCUCCAGGAAUUUCCAACAUAAUCAGCAGUAAUAACAAUAACAUGAACAGCAACAACAACAACAACAACUAUCAAUUCAAGCAUAACAAUAAGGACAAGAAUAACCAUAAUGAGGAGGAGGAUGACGAUGGAACAUCCAUGCAACAGCAACAACAGCAACACCACCAACCUAAACAGCAACAACAAGGACAAAUGCAAUUGCAACGCCAUCAACGUCACUCCAUGGAUCGUCACAAUAACAUGAUGCGUUACGCCGAAGAAGAAGAAGAGGAAGCAGAGGAAACCGACAGCAACAAUGUGUUACACCAACAGCAACAACAGAACGAGCUAGGAGCCCCGAACAGCGCGAAACGUCGAAAGGAAACUUUGAAUGCUGCCGCCACGAUAAAACAGUUGAACAAAGAAAGCGUAUAAUAAUAAUAAAUGCAUUCACAAAUGCAGAUGACAGAAGAGCGAGCAGCAUUCAAGUUGUCAUAAUGCUUGGAAGAGCAUGUGAUGAUGAUAAGAAGACACUACGACUUUCACCACCACAAACUAAAACUACCAACUCAGCCACCACCGCCGAUGUCGAUGCCACCACCAAUUUCAACAACCACCAAACCCUUUAGACCUUCUACCGAUAUGUUUAAUGAAGCGAACCAUCCAUCGAUCGUUGAGUAGAACAGAAAGCCCUCAUCACCAUCAUCAUUAAGAACAUCAUCAUAAUCCAACCUACCUGGCCAACUUUUGUUCUAACGAAUGAUGGUAAGGCGAGUGAGUGUGUAUUUGCCUAGACAAAUGCAUUUACUUACGCAACCCCUCCCCCACCAACAGACAUGUACAAGAACGAAUGAACAUUCGCAACGAUGUCGAGAUGACAACACAAAGUGUUUCAUUGUUGUAAAAUUUUCCACAUCAGAUACUAACUAGAAUAAUGCCGGAAAUGCAAUAGGGAAACGGAUGUUGUAUCUACCAUGUGGGAGAGAUGUAAGUGAUGGAAACAAGCUUUAGGUGGGGGGAGGGGUAGUAUAUCUAUUGCAAUGAUUAAACAAUCCACAUUUAUUGUGCUCGAUACGUGAUUUCACAAACACACUAACACAUACUAUGUUACAUUACACAAUGAUACAUACACGCACAUGUACAUUGGGGUUACCCAUUUUUUGAAAAGCUUUUCCGGUCGCUGCCGGGACAUUUGAAUUGGCUCACUUCCACGAAAAGCACUUUCCCAAACUUCAGAGCGUUGAAAAUUAGUUCUUUGUAAAGUCAAAGAUGUAUUCGCUUCAUUUUGCGUUUUCGCCUAACAUGGUGAUAGAAAAGUCCAUUUUUAUACCCACCACCGUAGGAUUAUUCCAUUUGCAAAACAUCGAAAUAUCAAUUUCCGACCCUACAAAGUAUAUAUAUUUCGGAUCAUCGUAAAAUUCAAAGACGAUUUAACGACGUCCAUGUGUCUGUCCGUUCGUCUGUUGUAAUCAUUGUACAGCCUCCACAAAUUGAGAUAUUGAGCUAAAAUUUGGCACAGAUACGUCUUUUUGAUGCACGAUGGUUAAGUUCUUGAACGGGUCAAAGCGGACCAUCUUUGUAUAUAGCUGCUAUAUAGACCGAUUUUCCGAUAAAGGGUCUAAUGCCCAUAAAAACUUUAUCCGAUUUUGCUGAAAUUUGAAACAGUGAGUAGGUUAAGACCUUCCAACAUCCGACCUAAAUAUGGUUCUGAUCGGACUAUAUUUUGAUAUAGCUGCCAUAUAGACCGAUCUGCCGAUAAGGGGGUCUGAAGCUCAUAAAAGCUUUAUUUAUUACCCGAUUUCGCUGAAAUUUUAAACAGUGAGUUUUUCACGGUACCCGACCUUAACAUGGUACAGAUCGGUUUAUAAUUGGACAUAUCUGCCAAAAAGACCAAUAUUUUGUUCUACAAAAUUGAAUAGUGACUUAUAUUUAUUAGACCACUCAACGUCCGUGCCGAAUUUGGGUGCUCAAGUUAUCCAAUUUUCACCGGAUUGUGAUGAUAUGGGGUUUACUUAUAUACCCGAGGUGGUGGGUAUCCAAAGUUCGGCCCGGCCGAACUUAAUGCCUUUUUACUUGUUUAAAUUAGAGAUAUAUCUUUUAGUAAUUUCAAAUUUAUUGCCAAGUCUUGAACGAGAUAUUGAGCAAAAUUUUCAGAAACCUAUUGGUAGGCCCUCAAAGUUGAUGUGACUAACUUUGAGGCUGCAAAAAUUGUGCUGGGGCUGUAAAAGACCCUUUGGGCACCGAGUUUUAGUUUUUUUCUUAAACAUUGUCAAAAAUCUCCACUAAAAACAUAUUGUUGUUGCUAGAUAUUCAACCAACAAAUCUAGUAUACCCAUCGCCAUACUGGGUGGAGUGUAUAUUCAAUUUGUCAUUCCGUUUGCAAAACAUCAAAAUAUCGAUUGCCCAACCUACGGAGUAUAUUUUAUUGGUGUUGAUGACUUAACGAUGUCUAUCUUUUACAUCUAUUGAUUUGAGCAAUACAAAAGAUUAUUGACAUUGGUAGAGGAUCUCCAAAUACGGUUGUCACCUUAUAUUUGAGUCUUUUAACCUCUGUAAUCUUAGGGAGGAUAUAACCCAAUUCUACAUGAUUGCAUGAUUUUACAUUACAUUUGUUAAUGAUUCGAUUUUGCUGGAAUAUGCAACUAAUAAGCAGACGCUGAUUCAUGUACUCCUUUUAAAUUUUCAUGGAAAGUUGAUGAACUAAGACACAAUAUUGUGGAAAACUAUCAACACAUUUUUCAUUUGUUUCCAUCACUACAAGCUGAAUUAUCUCCAAUUCAUUAUUCCUUGAAUAAUCCAUCUUGCUGUUGCUGUUAGUGUAUUUCUCUUCUUUUUGUUUGUCUCAAAAAGUGACUACCCCAAUGUAUGUGUAUCGCUAUGUUCAUAUAAAGCCAUGUACUAGAACAAUACGAGUACGUAUCGUACGCAUCCACCAUGUGCACAUUGAUCACAUCUACUUCUACUACAACUCCUGUUUGGCUGCGAAAGUGGCAAUUUAAAUAAAUCGAUAAAGCUGAUAUAGAACAGAAACCAAACCAAACCAAAUAAAAUAAAAUAUAUUAAACCAUUGAAACAAUAAAAGACAAAGUAAAAAACCUAAACAAUUUCACCCACCCAAAUUCGCAUACACACACAUACACAGAAAAGCUCUUACAACACACAUUUACUCGACAUAUGCGUGAAUAUGACAGUUGAUGUCGUUAACAUUUUAUUUAAUUUGCCUACUGGGUGUUUUGUACUGUUUUACCUACAAAUAUGUGGGCCCAUCGACCGACAGGCCGAGAGACACACAAGCAUAUGCCCUGUAUAUGUUUGAGUGUAUGUAUGUAUGUGUGCGUACUAAGCUAGGAUCUUUUAUUGUGCUUAAUAAGCUAAAAACAUAUAAAGAGCAUAAAUUCGAUAAUGUGCAGAGGGCCAUAUUUUAUCAAUUUAAAUUCCACAAAAUUGAGUGCUUAACGUUAAUUCCUCAAGGUAUUCAAUUUGCAUUAGAAUAAAGGGAGCAUAAUAUAAAUUGCUGUAAUAAAGUUUUAUUUUUAGAUUUAACUUUUAAAUGGUACCCACAAUGAAGGAGUCUAAAGUUAAGUAAAAAUGCAAAUUUUGCCCAUGAACAUUCCACUAAGGAACAGGGGCGAACUUUUCACAUAUCAAUGAGUGCAGUUCGAUUCAAGUUUAAGCUCAGUGAUAAGGGACAUCCUUUGUAUAGCCGAGUCCGAACGGAGUGCCGCAGUGCGACACCUCUUUGGAGAGAAGUUUUACAUGGCAUAGUACCUCACAAAUGUUGCCAGCAUUGUGAGUGAAAAACCACCGCUGAAAAUUUUUCUGAUGGUCUCGCCAGGAAUCGAACCCAGGCGUUCAGCGUCAUAGGCGGAUAUGCUUACCUCUGCGCUACGGUGGCCUCCAAAGUAAGUUAAGUAUCUAUCCAAAAUACCUACCCAAUAAUUGUUAAGGUGUGUAAUUUCAAUGAGUAUAACAGCUGGCCAAGAUUAUCUUCUAGCUGAUCACUGCAAUUGAACUAUUUCAUUGCUGCCGAAAAAAUUACAAUCACCAAUGACUAUUCCUGGCGAGAAGACCAUAAAACAUUUUCUGCGAUGGUUAUCGCCUUCUAAUACUCUCAAAAUUUGUGAGUUACCUUGCCAUGUAAAAACUUCUCUCUCAAGAGGUGUGGCACUGUGCCACGGCAUUCGGACUCGGCUGUGAAAUAGAGGCACCUUGUCAUUGAUCUCAAACUUGAAUCGAUCAGUACUCAUUGAUAUGUGAGAAGUUUGCCUCUGUUCUUAAUGGAAGGGGUUAUUCCCUUUUAAUACUGUCAAAGUUUGUGAGUUACUUUGCCAUGUAAAAGCUUCUCCCCUUAAUGGAAUGUUCAUGGGUAAAUUUGCCUUAAAUAACAAAAGGACAUCGUUUUGUUUUUUUUGGGUUUUUGCCAAUGCUGAGCACCAGAAAGCAAAUCUAAUACUAAGUGGUAGGAAGACGGAUCGGCAUGGAUUUCGGCAUUAUUAUGGGACCGCAUUUAUGCAGAAUGGUUGCAGCGAUUGCGUGCGUAUAUGGAUUGCGUGCGUAUAUGUAGUAGAAGACGAGACGUUGAAGCUUUUCCUAUGCCAUUGCUCGGCUUUCGGGGCUUAUAAAAUACCGACACUUAAAUGUUGAUAUGAUAUCAGACUUGAACUGACUUAGCAUCAUUCGAUUAAAAGAAGGUUAAGGAUAAUGUGAGUAGCAUUCAGCGUUCAACAAUCCUAAUACUGGCUUGUAAACCUAACCUAACCUAGCCGAACAUCAGUCUGAAACAGAAAUUGGCAGGCCAUUUUAAAAUCCUAAAUACUUUGUGUCGAAACUUGCGCCUUUCGUUAGACAACGAGCGAAAAAAUUGAGGAUCCAUAGGCGCGAGGUCUCUAAUUGUUAUUGUAACCACAUUUUCAUGUGGAGGUGGCGAUCCUCUGCAAUCUCGUUUCGGUCCAAAGGACCGAUCGCCUCGGGAACAGGGUGGCCAUUGGUUAUUUAAACGCGCCAAUAACUCGCCUUGUCAUAUCGAGCAUCAUAGGCACUCAGCAUUUGUACAAGAGCCGGUGCCGCUCGACCUCUCACCGAGACUCUCCGCUCCGUAUGGAGCAUUCCACUAUCCGCAACCUGUGGACGCUAGCUUACAGCUAAGCUUCUCGUGAUAGCAAUGAAAACCAUACAAAUCGGAACUCAAUGUUCCGGCCUGUGUGAUGCUCACAGCUAUCCUGUGCCGGUUGAGGAUACAUAGGUCUCUAGUGUUUGGCUAAACAGCAUUCCAUUUGAGAUUCUGGAGGGUGUAAGCACCGUUGCAAGCUAGAAGAAGGAUUACCUGGUACCUUGUGUUGGGGUUUUUGUGCGCUUGCGUAUGGACCUGUUGUAAGGGAUACAUUUCUGCUUUAUAUCCUCUUUUACUGUGCUGUAUUGGUUUGACUACCGUUAUUUUUGCAUAAAGUUUUACUUUUUUUGUAUACAGAUUUUGCUUAGACCUUGGCAUAGGAAUCUGUUAUAUUGACACAGACAAACUACUUCUCGUCUCCGGUGACAAUUUUGUGUAUAAACCGUUGCUUAUGCUCACCAGUGGGACAAUAUCCCGCUAAAAUUUCCUUCCAAGUUUUUGAAGACUCUGAAGCCAGAGUUCGAAUUCAGUCGAGGACCUUAAAAACAACGUCGACUAAUCUUACUAAACACUUCAUUAAAUAAUGUCGCUCUACAAUUCGAUAAACUAAAUUUUGAAUUUGGCGCAUUGACAUAAGGAAAUUCAACUUUUUGUCUAUGAGAUUUUCGUGGGAAAUUUUAAGUUUGUAUUCAUUUGGGCCGAAUUAUCGCUUUCUUUAAACCGUAAAAUCUCCCAAUUUUGAAUUCUGCAUUUCUUCAUUGAACCAGAAUUUUUGAAAGUCAAGAACGCGAACGUUUGAAUCGAUUAUAUAUAUAUUUUUUUAAUUUGACAUGAAAAUGUCUUUAGAAGUGGUAUGACAUUUAAUGGGAGAUAAAGUUUCGUCUGAUACGAAAGCACUCUAGACCACGUGUGCGGUAAUUUGGCCUCAUCCAAGGGGAACUUGUUGAAAAUCAUAACAUCCAUGUCUGAAUUUGGCAAUGAUUUUGGCGCUAAAGAUCUCUUCGUAUAUUUCGCAGUUCUUAGAAGGGCAAAAGGGCUUUCGAGUGGUAUGGUACACUUGUUUCAAAUUUAUGCAAAACAUAUUCAACUCGAAAUAUAAACUCAAUGGAGUUCCCAGCCAACAAAUAUUGCACAGCAUUUUUAAACAAAUUGUUUCGAGACUUUCGAGACACAAACACAGUUGCGAAUACAGUGUGUGGCAUUUAAAAAGGGUCCAUCAAUAUGUAGAUUUUUCAUUUAUUUCAUGCUCUUUCAAUUUUACUACCCUGACACAUUAUCGAAUCAUUUUUCAUUGAAAGGCUUCCGAUAGUAAUGAAAGUACGCAAAAGCCAGGGUUAUUCAUACUAAACUAAAUAAAUAAAAAUAGAUAUAUUUAUAUGCAGUUAUAUACAAGGGCGUGUUUGAAAAUGCCGAUAUUUGUUUAAGUAAGAUAUCUUUUAUUUCCAUAGAAUUUAAUUCUAAGAGUAGCAUAAGUUCUUUUUUAUAUUAUUUUCGAAAUGAGUUAAGAACCUCUCCUCCCUCCCCAAGUCCCUGUACAGAAUGAAAAGUUAGUUAAAUUAGUUAAGUUAGUUAGUCAGUCAUUUGAUUGUUUGUUUUGUACAUAUACCAUAAUAAAAUAGUUAUAAAAACAAUAUAUAUGGAACGUUUAGUUUAAGUUAUUUGCGUUUUCCCUCCCCCUCCCUAGAUAUUGAAAAGCGUUGACUACUACAAAAUUAAAACAAAAUUAGAAGCAAAACAAAACAAAACAAAAAAAAACAUUUGCAAAGCAAAUAUUAAAAUACGAGCAUAAAUAAGUAUAAUGUAAUAACCAACCUACCCAUACCCAUUUAUACAUAGAAAGGCAUACUACUAUUACUACUUCGACUACUACAACAUACACCAAUACCCACACAAACAAACAAAAAAAAAGAGAACGCCUACAUGUAUAUGAUAACACCUCUAAUGAGCUUUUAAUAAUAUUUUAAUAUUUAUUUAUAGUAUGAAAAAAAAACAACAAAACAAAACAAAACAUGUAUACAAAAUUGUUUUUAAACAAAACAAAUACGAGUUCUUCUUCUGAAUAAUUGAGAGUGAAAAAGAAAUACAACCAACAAUUGUGUAAACACACGCCACACCUCCACCCUCUCCUCUGUACAGUGUAUAGUUAGGUAAAUUUAUUUUACAAAAUAAUGUGACUGAUUGUGUAUAAAUAAAUAAAUAAACACAGAAUGAAUAAAAAACAAACAAACAAACAAA